AUCAAGACAUUCUAGGGUUAGGGCAUCCUAAAAGCUCCCUUUAUAAGGAACACCAUCCUAUAAUUCGACCCAGAUUUUCAUUUUCAGCAGCAAAAACUCCACCGCAGCGCUGGUUUUCUAAUCAAAAAAAUGGGCAAGGAAAACGAGAACAAGGAGAACCAGCGAGAAAAAGGUACUGAAAAUCCUACUAACCAUCUUCUUCGUAGUGAUAAUUCCAUGAAAAUGAUUCAAGUAUCAUCUGAUAUUAGUACUAGUAAAGUUAUAGCCUGUGUUAAAAGAAAUGGAAAAACCCCAGCUAGUGAUCAUUACAUAAUGUGCGAUAUACUAAGCAGACUUCGAUCAAAACACCUCAUGAGGUUGAAAUCUGUAUGUACACAAUGGAAAUCUUUGAUCGAAACAGAUUCCUACCUGAUCGACUUACACCAUCGAUUUCAUAGUCGUCAAAUGAAAACAGUCUUGUUUGUCAGCUCACCCCCAAUACCAAGAUUUGAUGAAUCCGAAAGAACAGGAGGAACUAUGGAUUUCACAACGCUUUUUCCAACUGAGGUUCAGAAAUUGGAACUGGAUCGGCCUGUUUUUGGUAUACCUACACAGGCUGUGGCUGGUUUGGUGUGUAUUCAGUCUCGUCGUGAGGCAUUUCUCAUUUACAAUCCUAACACCGGGGAGAGAACACCAUGGAUCGAAACGACUACUGUUAAUGAGAAUGUUGCUGAGGAGAGAAGACGUGAGGUUAAUUGCAUUGCAUUUGGAUAUAGUCCAAGAACAAAGGAACACAAAGUCCUGUGCAUAUCGAGUAUCAAGAAAAAAGGAGUAGUGAGAGGCCUAAAAAUGUACAUACCACGCAUGCCAUACACUCUGCAAUGUCAAGUCUUCUGCAUGAAAAAAUUUGAGGAUGGUAAUGAUUCUGGAGUGUUCGAACAUGCUGAUGAUUUAGAAGAAGUUGGAGCUGAUGAAGAACAAGUUUGCGAAGUCUUCACUAUAGGUGAGAAUAAAUGGAGAAGGAUAGAUGCAGUUCCACCUUACAGUUUAGCAAGUAAGGUUUGUUAUGUGGGUGAGCUUGGCCAUUACAAUGAGGAAAGCAAAGCUGUUUAUGUGAGGGGUAAGAUAUACUGGCGUUUCCGAUAUACUCGCAAGGGUGAAGUGAUGAUGGUGUUUGAUGUUAGAACUGAGAAGUUUAAAGUUAUCUCUAUCCCUGAACAUGUCACUAGAAGCCCCAAGAAAUAUCCACAAACUGUUGAGUUGUUGGAGGUUGAUGGUCAUAUAGCUGUAUUAAAGUUUACACCAGAUUGUCCGAUUUCGUUGUGGAUACUUAAUCAAGACGAUGGUACUGAUAAGUGGUCAUAUGAGAAGGUCAGAACGCCUUGUGACUGGAGUGGAAUUCGAGAUCUUUCUAUUGAAGCUAUUUCAGGUACAAAUGUUAUCAUCAUGAAAAGAGAAAUGUCAGAAACUAUUUACGUUUACUUUCGGGACAGAAAAACAUAUGAUGCCUACACAAUGAACGAAAAACAUGGACUCAAUUACCAGCCCGGUGAAUUAAGAGGGAUUCUCACUCUAUUCGACAGCCUCGCACCUGUGUCUACAAAGCGCUGCAGCAUGUUUUGAAGGAGAUACAAGGCUUCCCUUUUUAAUUGGUUGAGUUGGAUGUCCGAAGUUCCUAGGUGACAAAGGUUGAAUACUAUCACAACUCUGGAUCAAAUGCGUUUGAUUUGUUUUGUUUCUGUCAGCCACAACUUUUUUUACUUUUGUUUGGUACAAGGCGUGCCUUGUCGUACAUUUGUUUUGCAUCAUCUCUUAAAUGAGCUAAGACUAUCGAAGCAUUUAACUUAGAAAUUUUCAUUGCAUUACUGUUCCGUUAUGAUUGAUGGUACCACUAAGUGUGCCCUUAUGAUC